AUGACCUCGCUUGCGUCCCCGUCGUCUAACGACAUUGAGAAACACGCCGACACACCCCGAGGCAGUUCCGAGUCUGACCUGCGCCCGCAACAACACCACGACCACCGACAACGAGAAGGCCAUCCCGAAAUCCAAGGCGUCCGAUGGAUUCUGGUCUGUCUGGCACUCUACCUGUCGGUGUUCAUGUACGGCCUGGACACGACGAUUGCAGCAGACGUGCAGAGCGCCGUGGUGGAGACGUUUGGGUCCGUGCCGCAGCUGACAUGGCUCGGGGCCGGGUUUCCGCUGGGGUCGGUGGCGGUAAUUCUGCCGUACGGCCGACUGUUUACCACGUUCAACAUGAAGUGGCUGUACAUUGGCGGCAUCGUCCUGUUCCAGGCCGGGUCGGCGCUGUGCGGCGGCGCGCCGAGCAUGGGAGCCCUCAUUGUCGGCCGCGUGCUGGCGGGCGCGGGCGGGACGGGCAUGUACCUGGGCGGGCUGACGCACUUUACGGCGCUGACGUCGGCGCAAACGCGGGGCACGUACAUCACGGGCAUCACGUUUGUGUGGGGCAUCGGCAGCAUCCUGGGCCCUGUCGUGGGCGGCGCGCUGAGCACGAGCGGCGCGACCUGGCGAUGGGCCUUUUAUCUGAAUCUCAUCAUCGGCGCCGUCACGGCCCCCAUUUACGUCGUCUAUCUGCCCGCCAUCCACCCGGUCACCGGCAAAACGGUCCGUGAGCGGCUGGCGACGCUGGACUACGUGGGCUUCGUGCUGAGCGCGGCGGUGUGGGUGACGUUUGGCCUCGCGCUCGUGUCGGCCGGCGGGCUGUGGGCCUGGCGCGACGGCCGCACCAUUGCGACUCUGGUGGUGUGCGGCGCGCUGCUGGCGCUGUACGCAGCGCAGCAGUACUUUUGCUGGUGGACGACGCCCACGACGCGCUCGUUUCCCGCACAUUUGCUUUCCUUUGACGCGCGCCGCCGCCGCGUCAGCGUCACCACGCUCCUGUUGUACGUCGCCGCCUCAGCCUGCAUCGCCACGCUCUACGUGCCGGCGUACUACAUCCCCGUCUACUUCCAGUUUGUGAACAACGACACGGCCCUGCUGGCGGCCGUGCGCCUGCUGCCGUUCAUUCUCGUCACCGUCUUUGUCAACCUCGCCAGCGGCUACCUGCUGGCCAAGAUCCAGUACUACAAGCUCUUCUACCUCCUCUCUGGCCUGACGCUGACUGUGUCGGGCGCGCUCUUCUUUGUCUACCUGCAGCCCGCGACGCCCGUCCGCAUCAUUUACGGCUUGUCGGUCCUCGGCGGCUUUGGCACCGGCCUGUCGCUGCAGAUCGGCUACGCCGUCGCCACGCUCAUCGUCGACCCGGCCGACAUGGGCAACGCCAUCAGCCUGCAGAACGUCAGCCAGGUCGGCAGCACAAUGAUCUCGCUCGUGGUCGCGGGCCAGGUCUUCCAGGGGACGGCCGUGCGGAACCUGCAGGGCGUCUUGGCCGGCCUUGGCUACACGGCCGGCGACGUCCAGAGCGUCGUGGCCGGGGCCCAGAGCACGCUGUUUGCCACGCUGGACGACGCUGUGCGAGAGCAGGCCAUUGGCGCCAUCGUGUCGGCGAUCCAGUCGGCGUUUUCGCUGGUGAUUGUGUCGGGGGGGAUUCUGGUGGUCGUCGGUGCGCUGAUGCGGUGGGAGCCGUUGUUUGCCAAAACGGGCGACGAACAGACGAAUGAGAAUAGCGAAUGA